UACCUGUUUCCAUUCUAUGUUACUCUUUUCACCUGUGACUGGGAGACUCGUGGAAACGUGGUCUGGUUAGGAUCGACAUUUGAUGCGCGUGAAAUAAUAGGAAGGAUAAGAAAUGUCGUUAUCAACGGCACGACCUCUUAUUACGGUGUACACUGACAAGAAUGAAGCGUCAGGUGAUACAAUCUCCCUGCCAUCUGUUUUCAAGGCACCGAUUCGUCCCGACAUCGUGAAUGUCGUCCACCAGUUGAUCUCUACAAACAGCAGACAACCAUACUGCGUUUCUAAAGAGGCUGGUCAUCAAACCUCUGCAGAAUCAUGGGGUACUGGGCGUGCUGUGGCCCGCAUACCUCGUGUACGUGGUGGCGGUACCCACCGUUCCGGUCAAGGUGCCUUUGGCAACAUGUGCCGAGGUGGCCGCAUGUUUGCGCCUACCAAGCCAUGGCGACGCUGGCAUCAUCGUGUCAAUGUAAAUCAGAAACGUUAUGCUCUCGUUUCUGCCAUUGCUGCCUCUGGUGUCCCUGCACUUGUGCAGUCUAAAGGGCACAUAAUCCAGGAAGUCCCGGAAUUUCCGCUGGUCGUUACUGAUAAAAUUCAAGAAUAUACGAAAACCAAGCAGGCCGUCAUCUUUUUAAGACGUAUUAAGGCUUGGAAUGAUAUCCAAAAGGUCUACAAGUCUCAACGUUUUCGUGCUGGUAAAGGUAAAAUGCGUAAUCGCCGACGCAUUCAGCGACGUGGACCUCUGAUUGUAUAUGGCCAAGAUCAGGGUAUCCGUAAAGCAUUCCGCAACAUCCCUGGCGUCUCCCUGAUGAACAUCAACAAAAUGAAUUUGCUGAAAUUAGCACCUGGCGGUCACGUCGGACGCUUUGUAAUCUGGACAAAGUCCGCUUUCGACAAAUUGGACGCUCUUUAUGGAACCUGGCGUAAGGAAUCACAGCUUAAAAAAGGAUAUAACUUGCCAUUUCCUAAAAUGGCUAACACGGAUUUGUCCAGACUUCUAAAGUCUGAGGAAAUCCGCAAAGUUUUGAGAGCUCCUAGAAAGAAGGUGGUGCGUAGAGUGAAGAAACUGAACCCGUUGACCAAUACUCGGGCUAUGUUGCGUCUCAAUCCAUAUGCCGCGGUCCUAAAACGUGCCGCUAUCCUAACUGCGGAGAAACGCAAACGCGAAAGGGAACUUCUUGUCGCCGAGAAGCGAGGCAUAAAAUUGUCAAAAAGAUCCAAAACAUCCAAGACAAUUUCGCUUUUGGAAAGGAGGAAAAAGCAACUGGCUGAAUACAAGAAGACAAUGAAGAAGGCUCCGAAAACUAAAACUGAGAAAACUGAGAAAAUUGAAAAACCUGAGAAAGAUACUACGAAAGUUGCUGCUGCUGCCAAGCAACCAGCUAAAAAGUAAAACAACAAGUGAAUAAUAUUAACACUGUUGUUAACUUAUAAUUUUUAUCUCUGUCUUCAAAUAAAAGACGAAGAUUUAUAACUA